CAUCUUUUGACUGAUUUCUUCUCCUUCUUCUCCUCUCUGUAGAAAGAAAAAAAAAAAAAAUUAAAUUAAAUUAAAACAGCUUUCUCUCUCUAAAAGCCGAGUUCAGACUCAGAGAGCUUGGAGCAUUUCCUCUAAUGGCAUCUCUGAAACCCUAAACACCAUCGUUUCUCUCUCUUUCUGAAUACCCAUUAAGAGAAAAAUGAAAACCCACUUCUCUCUUUUGCUUAUCUCUUUCACCUUUAUCUCUCUUCAACUACGGCUACAAGCUUCGCCAGUACUAGCACCACCUUUUAUCUCAGCAAACAAAGAUGCCCAAAAUCUUAUCAGCUUUAAGGACGCUCUAGCCAACCAAGAUAGCCUCCCGACUUGGCUCCCUAACCAAAACCCAUGUAGCUUCUCUGGUGUAAAAUGCCAAGAAACAAACAGAGUCUCUUCUCUAGACCUCUCUUCUGUUCUUUUGAGCACUGAUUUUCGAACGGUGGCUGCAUUUCUUUUGACUCUUGACAAUCUUGAGAGCCUUUCUUUGAAAGCAACCAACAUUUCUGGCCCCAUUUCUUUUCCUUCUGGAUCUAAGUGCAGUUCAGUUUUGAGCAGCUUAGAUCUAUCACAAAAUGUUCUGUCAGGUCCUAUCCCUGAUAUUGCGAAUUUGGGUUCAUGUGCAUCAUUGAAAUUCUUGAAUCUUUCUUCCAACUCCCUUGAUUUUUCUAUCAAGGAGAAAUCCAGUGGGUUGAAGCUCAGCUUGGAGUCUCUUGAUCUUUCUUUCAAUAAGAUUUCAGGCUCAGACGUGGUGCCGUUUAUUUUAUCUGGAGGCUGCAAUGAGUUGCAGACUUUGUCUUUGAGGGGAAAUAAAGCUAGUGGAAUGAUGGAUGUCUCCGGUUGCAAGAAUCUACAGUUUCUGGAUGUUUCUUCAAAUAAUUUCUCUGUGAUCAUCCCCUCAUUUGGUGAUUGUUUAGCUUUGGAGCAUCUUGAUAUCUCUUCCAAUAAGUUUUAUGGCGAUCUUGCUCAUGCAAUUGCUGCUUGUUCUAAGCUCAACUUCUUGAAUGUGUCCAGCAACCAGUUUUCGGGUCCGAUUCCGGUGCUUCCAACUGGGAAUUUGCAGUUUCUUUAUCUUGGAGGCAACCACUUUCAAGGAGGGAUUCCUCUUCAUCUCAUGAAAGCUUGUCCAGGUCUUGUUCAGCUUGAUCUGUCCUCAAAUAAUCUUACUGGUUUUGUCCCUAGUAGUUUUGCUGCUUGCACUUCAUUGGAAUCUUUUGAUAUAUCUAGCAACAACUUCACUGGUGAAUUGCCUAUUGAUACUCUCUUGAAAAUGAGUAGCUUGAAGGAUAUUGAUUUUUCAUAUAAUGAAUUCAAUGGUGGUUUGCCUGAUUCUUUGUCAAAGCUCACCAGUUUGGAGUCCUUAGAUCUGAGUUCUAAUAAUUUUUCUGGGCCAAUCCCUGCUAAUUUGUGCCAAGAUCCAAGUAACAACUUGAAAGAACUGUUUCUUCAAAACAAUUUGUUUACUGGGUCUAUUCCUGCUAGUCUGAGCAACUGUUCUCAACUUACUUCACUUCAUUUGAGCUUCAAUUACCUUACGGGUGUGAUUCCUUCCAGCUUGGGUUCGCUUCACAAGCUUCGGGAUUUGAAGCUGUGGUUCAAUCAGCUCCAUGGAGAUAUCCCCCAAGAGAUAAUGAACAUACAAACAUUAGAGACUUUGAUUUUAGACUUCAAUGAGCUGACCGGAGUUAUACCCUCUAGUAUAAGCAACUGCACGAAGCUGAACUGGAUCUCAUUGUCUAACAAUCGGUUGAAUGGUGAGAUUCCAGCAUCAAUUGGAAAGCUUUCAAGUCUUGCCAUUCUUAAACUGAGCAACAACUCAUUUUAUGGCAGAAUUCCGCUGGAGCUUGGUGACUGUGGCAGCUUGAUUUGGUUGGAUCUUAAUACCAAUUUCUUGAAUGGCACAAUCCCACCUGAGCUAUUCAAACAGUCUGGCAAAGUUGCCGUAAAUUUUAUUACUGGAAAGAGAUAUGUGUAUCUUAAGAAUAAGAAGAGCGAACGGUGCCAUGGAGAAGGCAAUUUGCUGGAGUUUGCUGGAAUUAGGCCGGAAAAUUUGGAUAGGAUCUCCACCAGGGACCCCUGUGAUUUCACAAGAGUAUAUGGAGGUCACACGCAGCCCACAUUCAAUGAUAAUGGUUCAAUGAUCUUUCUUGAUCUUUCUUACAACAUAUUGUCAGGUAGCAUUCCAAGGGAGGUUGGAACAAUGGCAUAUCUUUAUAUCUUGAAUUUGGGCCAUAAUAAUAUUUCUGGCAAUAUUCCAGAGGAGCUUGGGAACUUGGAUGGUCUUAACAUUCUUAAUCUCUCUAACAACAAGCUGAAAGGGAUGAUUCCACAGUCCAUGACUCGCCUUUCAUUGCUUACAGAGAUUGAUAUGUCCAAUAAUGAUCUUUCAGGAAUGAUUCCUGAAAUGGGUCAGUUUGAAACAUUCCAAGCUGCCAGCUUUGCCAAUAAUUCAGGCCUCUGUGGGAUACCGCUUCCUAAAUGUGGAUCAGGAUCAGACACAAGUGCAAAUUCUCAGCUUCAGAAAUCUCAUAGGAGACAAGCAUCUCUAGCAGGGAGCGUGGCAAUGGGACUCUCAUUAUUCUCACUUUUCUGCAUCUUUGCUUUGAUUAUAAUUGCGGUAGAGGCAAAUAAAAGAAGGAAAAAGAAAGACUCGGUCCUUGACAUCUAUAUCAGUAACCAUUCAAACUCCGGAACAGCUAAUACUGGCUGGAAGCUAACUGGAGCACGUGAAGCUUUGAGCAUCAACCUUUCCACAUUUGAGAAGCCUCUGCGGAAUCUAACUUUUGCUGAUCUUCUUGAAGCUACAAAUGGCUUCCACAACGACAGCCUUAUAGGCUCUGGAGGUUUUGGUGAUGUAUACAAGGCCCAACUGAAAGAUGGAAGCACAGUAGCCAUCAAGAAACUGAUACAUAUCAGCGGACAGGGUGAUAGGGAAUUCACUGCUGAAAUGGAAACCAUUGGGAAAAUCAAGCACCGGAACCUUGUUCCUCUUCUUGGAUACUGCAAGGUCGGAGAAGAGCGGCUAUUGGUGUACGAGUACAUGAAGUACGGAAGCCUAGAAGACGUUCUACACGACCCAAAGAAAGCUGGGAUCAAGUGGAACUGGGCUGCCAGGAGAAAGAUAGCCAUUGGAGCUGCCAGGGGCUUGGCUUUUCUUCAUCAUAAUUGCAUACCGCAUAUCAUUCACAGAGACAUGAAAUCAAGCAAUGUAUUGCUAGAUGAGAACUUGGAGGCCAGAGUGUCUGAUUUUGGAAUGGCAAGGCUCAUGAAUGCAGUGGAUACACAUUUGAGUGUUAGCACAUUGGCUGGCACGCCUGGUUAUGUUCCUCCUGAAUAUUAUCAGAGCUUUAGAUGUUCUACAAAAGGUGAUGUUUACAGUUACGGUGUAGUUUUGCUGGAGUUGCUAACAGGAAAGAGACCAACAGAUUCAGCGGAUUUUGGUGACAACAAUCUUGUGGGGUGGGUAAAGCAGCAUGCAAAAUUAAAAAUAACAGAUGUUUUUGAUCCAGUACUUUUGAAAGAAGAUCCGAAUCUAAAGAUUGAGCUUCUACGACACUUAGAGGUGGCCUGCGCUUGCUUGGAUGAUCGGCCAUGGAGACGACCCACUAUGAUCCAAGUUAUGGCUAUGUUCAAAGAAAUACAAGCAGGGUCAGGCCUUGACUCACAUUCCACCAUUGCCAACGAAGAUGGAGGCUUUCAAAUGGUAGAGAUGAGCAUAAAAGAAGACCCUGAACUAGGCAAGCAGUAGGUAAAAAAGAAAAGAAGAAAGAAGCCGAAUGAAAUUUUCCAGUGAAUUAAUUCUUUGAAAGGAGAAAAAAGAAGAAGAAGAAGAAGAAAAUUUUCCCUCUUCUUUUUACCACUUGAAAAAUGGCAUAAAAAGAACUUUUUGUCUUUGUAUCUCUGUACCAUUUGAUGUAUGUAUCAUGAUGCACCCUCUCCUGCAAACUCUGUUGUUUUAUACAUAAAAGGGCUGUUUUAACUUUCUUAAUGUGUAAAUACACAGUUUUAAUUUGUUAUGA